UACAAGACAGUGCCUUUGGAUCCCAUCCACAUUCAGCGUUGAAAAAUCAUGAGCUUGUCAGAAAUAUGCAUACGUCUCAUCAUUUACUUUGUUGCCCUAUUUAGAUUGUUUCAUAUUGCACACUUUUCAUUGCAGUAAACUAUAAGGCUACGUAAAACUCUAGUAUGUGGCAGACUAUACAGCCACUUUAAUAACUCACUGAGUUAUUAGAGCCAAGUUCUUUGUUUGAUAAAUACGUCAUCGGCCUAUAUGACGUGAGCCUAACAUUUUGUCCCUUUGGUCGACGUGAGAAGCCCCCUGAGAGACACAGCCGCCCUACCUGCAGAGAUGAUGUGCAACCUGCUCCUGUCCUGGGCCCUGGUCCUCACCGCCUGCGGGCCGGGCCUCUCGCACCCCAUCUCCGAAUCGGCCGAGAUGUCCUUCUCAGGCCCAGUGACAGUAGAGGAAGGCCGACCAGAAGAUCUGUCGCUGUCUGACCAGGCCUAUCUGUCCCAGGGCGGAAUAAAUUUGGGCUACCCCUCUCUACUGGCCGGAGACAUCCUCAACAGGGACGGACUGGGGCCCGAAGGAUUUCUGCCCAGGGAAGCAGUGAAAGAGGCCCUCCUGGAGAAACAGAGCAGGCUCCGCCCCUUCGCCCGUUUCUUGGGGCAGAGGAGGCAGUACAGGAAGAGGGGCAGCGGCUCCGAGUGCUUCUGGAAGUACUGCGUCUGAGGCUGGCGCGCGGACGCGCGGACGC